AUGCUGAAACUUGCCGUUAUUCUGGCGCUCAUUGCCGCAGUGACCAGCUGCCAGCUGGACGUGCAAUGGGCCAAGUUCAAGGCCACCUACAAGAAAAACUACAAAGACCCGCAAGAGGAAUUCAUGAGACGUCAGAUUUGGGAGACCAAUCUUGAUCGCAUCCAACAGCACAAUGACGCGUACGAGAAAGGCGAAUACAGCUAUUAUAUUGGUGUCAAUGAAUAUGCUGAUAUGAGCGAUGAGGAGUUUUCCAAGACCAUGAAUGGGUACCGCCACUCUGACAGUAACACCCACAGCAGUCUCGUCCAUGUGGCCGGAAACCUGAAAGACUUACCUGACGAGGUGGACUGGAGGACCAAAGGCUAUGUAACCGACGUCAAGGAUCAGGGAGUGUGCGGAUCCUGCUGGUCCUUUGCUAGCACGGGCGCCUUAGAAGGUCAGAACUUUAAGAAAACUGGAAAACUUACAUCACUGUCAGAACAAAACCUUAUUGAUUGCUCCCAAAAGCAAGGUAACAUGGGCUGUAGUGGUGGAUACAUGACGAAUGCCUACGAGUACAUCAAAGAGAAUCAUGGCAUUGAUUCUGAAGCCUCGUACCCGUACGAGGGCGCCGAAGGUGUCUGCCGCUUCAAGUCUGCAAAUGUCGGCGCUAACGUGACUGGGUAUGUUGAGGUCAAGAGCAAAGAUGAGCUGGCACUACAGGAUGCUUUGGCUAACGUAGGACCAGUUUCCGUCGCUGUUCAUGCCAGUGCUAAAUUUCGAAUGUACAGCGGAGGUGUGUUUUACGAUCGAUUGUGUAGCCCCGACCUUGUUGACCACGCCGUUCUGGCUGUUGGAUACGGCAGUUACCAGGGGGAGGAGUUCUGGCUGGUAAAGAACAGCUGGGGUGAAUCAUGGGGGAUGAAGGGCUACGUCAUGAUGGCCAGAAACAAGAACAAUAACUGCGGAAUCGCCACGGUUGCAAGUUACCCGACAGUUUAGAUGUCGAACUGAAGCUGGACUGAAAGUUGAGUUGUCUUUAGUAUAUCUAUUAACGAUACUGCAAAAUUUGAAAUCUCCUUACUUAAAAAUUAAAAUAGCAACAGUUUAUUAAAAUAAAGUU